AUGAGGAAGCUCAAAAAUGAAACACUCAGACAAUACGCUGAGCGUUAUUGGCAGCUGUUCAAUGAAAUUUCAGGAAUCGAUGAAUAUUGGGCUACGCGCACUUUCAAAAACGGUCUGGAAACAGGCAGCAAGAUCCUAGACGAACUCGCCAUCCGCCCACCACCCCGCAUGGGAGAAUUAAUGCGCGUCGUGGAAAGAUUCUGUGCUCUUGAAGAGUUUUAUGCGGACCGUGCGGCCCAGGGAAUCCCGAGCUUGACAGCAUCCUUCACCUCGGCCGCAACCCAACUACCGGCACCAGCAAUCACCCAGCACCUGCAACCCAAGAAGCAGGCGCUGUUGGAACGUUUGGCGGCCCAAGGCCAUCUCGACCAAUACAUUGAUCGAGCAAAAACGCCCGCCCGGCAGACAAAUCCCAACCCCAAUGAACAGCGCCCACUGAUACACGUCAUCCACGGUCCAAUGACGAAGGCAUCCGAAACCGCCCUCAAGGCCAACAUCGAUCACGCCUCAACAUCCAAACAGAUACUCUCAGUUGGUUGCGGAUCCAAGCGUCAACGACCACAGGACGCACCCAAAUGGACGAUAAGCUUUACUGAGCGUGACCUUGAGCAUGUUCAAACUCCACACUCGGACGCCCUCGUCGUCACCAUCCAAAUAGGCGUCCACGACGUAAAGCGCGUCCUCAUCGAUCAAGGAAGUUCAACAGAGGUCAUGUAUUACGACCUUUUCAAGAAGUUGGAUCUACCAGAGUCAGCCCUACAACCUACCGACGUACCCCUUAUAGGCUUCAACAGUGCACCCGUCGUCCGCUUCAUCGGCGCCACAGGAAGACAAGAAGAUUUGCGAGGUGACCAAGUAGCCUUCAAAAAAUACUACGUCUAUGCCAUCCACAAUUCCGCCAAAGCCAAACAAGUUCAAUGGGUUGAAGUCCCCGACGUGGCCGUAAUCGACGACGUCGGCCAGGAAGCUGAAGAUAAAGCAGAGGAGGACCUCGUCUAA